AUGGCAGUAAGAGUUGAUCUUGAGAAGAUUCAAUCUCGAUUUCUUUUUGAUGAUAUUGAUGAUACUCUGCGGGAUGAUGAAAAGUCUGCCCUUGCCACUUUCAGAGAGCUUAGGUCUAUGGAGGAGGGUUUUGUGAGAAACCUUCGGAAUAAUGUUCAAAGGCUCAAGAAUGACAAGGGUGAUUUUGUGCACGGACAUGAACAAAUUCAUGACUUGGCUGUUCAAUUUUAUCGUGGUCUCAUGGGUAAUAAAACCGGGAAGCAACUCAGUCAGCUUAACGUACUCUAUCAAAUUGUUGACAAGAGAAUUACAGCUGAGGAUAGUCGUGAUCUUGUUAGAGUAAUUUCAAGAGAUGAGGUUAGAAAGGCGAUGGCUAGUAUCAAUGGUAAUAAGAGCCUCGGACCUGACGGUUUUAAUGCGGAAUUCUUUAAGGCUAAUUGGGAUAUUGUAGGUAAUGACGUUACAGAGGGGAAUCUUUUAAAGGGUUAUGGGAAAAGGAAGAUCUCACCUCGGGUCGCGUUUAAAAUCGACAUCAGCAAGGCUUUUGAUUCCGUUAAAUGGGGAACUAUACAUGAUUUUCUUGUCGUUGCUGGUUUUCCUAGAAUCUUUAUUGAAUGGAUUAUACAAUGCGUCUCUAUCUCCCGGUUUGUAGUUUGUGUCAAUGGAGUUCACGGGGGCUAUUUCAAGGGCAAAAAUGGUGUGAGGCAGGGCGAUCCUCUCUCUUCUUACAUCUUCGUAUUGAUCAUGGAGAUCUUUGAGAGUGUCUUAACGACAUUCCGAAAGAAUCACCAUUACACUUUCCACCCUUUCUGCGAAGAGGAGAAGAUCACUCAUUUAUGUUUCGCAGACGACUUGUUCUUACUUGCUCAUGCUGAUGUUGAAACCAUUAAUACUAUAAAAGAUGCGCUUAACUUCUUUUCUGAUGUUAGAUGA